AUGUUUACCAUGGAGCUAUUAGCUGCUCUCGAACCGCACCGAGAACGGAUCGGACAGGUAGCCGGAAUGCUGACGGUGGCCCAGUACAUAGCGGGAUGGUUUAUUUGCAACGACAUUCGGCGUCGACGUACUACGGUUGGUGUAUCACCGCUUCGUUUCAUCGGUGGAUGUGGACUCUCCAUUCUUCAACUACAGUAUUCCCAAAAACUUCAAGCUCCGGCACUCAUCUGGACGAGCAUUAUUACGUUAACCUUUUCGAUGCUUUACUCGCUUUGGUUCUGCUGGUACACACCGGCGAAUUUGAGGAGUUCCUUCUAUAGACUAACAACAGGCGCUGCCACCAUCACAGCCGGUCUGUACGCGUAUGGCGCCCAAGGUGACAGUCCCGAAAUUAUGUACCGACUCGGGCUGGUGCUCACAGUGCUAGCGCUCGCUUUCAUCGCUCUACCGCUGGUUCAGUUGCGCUCCAUUAUUCGCGCCAAAAGCAGUGCAGGAUUGCCACUGCCGGCAAUACUCGCCUCGACCGGUGCAACCAUCCUGUGGCUGCUGUACGGACUACUCAUCAACAACACGUUCAUAGUGGUUCAGAAAAUCAUUGCCAUGGGCUUGUGCACCGUCCAGCUAUCGUUGUUUAUCAUUUACCCAGCAUCCAAAGCCGAUGAGAGGAAAAAGCAACACUAAUACACCGUGCAGAGUUCUCUAUUUGCUCCGUUGCUAUUUGGGAUGAAAGUUUGACCGGCCUGUUGGACAGUUGAUAAGGCAUUUGUGCGCGAAAUCAUCGUUUGUUCAUGGUUUGAUUCUGGAUGCUGCACUGAUAGGAUAAGUUGGAUUUGCAAAAAACGAUUACACACGACACGCUUUGUUACGUUACAAUUGUUUAGGGGAAAGUGCAUUUAAAAUGAUAAAAGAAAUGAAUGAUUUAAUGCAUAGCGUAGAAAGCAUCGUGCGGAAGUGUAUGACCGAUAUGGUUCACAAGUUUAUGCUGCUGAACGGGAAACAUUGCGGAGACUACGGUUAUGUGCGAUGACAAAAAUAAUUGUGUAUUACUAAACCCUAUUCAAAUCUGAUGAACCGUUACUGAAUUAUGCUGUCCACAAAC